AUGAACGAACGCAUUACGCUUAUUGGUGUUGCUUUUUCCAUCUCCCAUGCAAUUAUUCCAGAAGAAGAACAACAAGGAUUUAAACAUUUUGCAGAGGUUUAUUUCACAUUUUUAUAUUGGUUAUCAAUAUUCUGGAUGUUAUUCUUUAUGGUCGAUAUCGUUCGUCAUUGUCGAAGAAUAAAUUUAAACACUAAUAAACCAAAAAGAGCUUCUCAGUUGAAUAUAUACGGUCCCGUUGGUCGUGGUGAUUUAUUAAAACCCAUUGCAGAAACAACAUCGCAUCAUGAUUUAAAAUUAUUUGAUGAUCUUGAAUUAAAUGAGACACACGACAAUAACCAUUCUCUAAUUGACCAGCAUGCUAAUGACGAUGAUAAUGCUAGUGAUUUAGAACAAUCAUUAGAGGAUGUAUCAUUGCCGAUAAAACGAACUGUUAGUCACGAGCGUUCGAGAACCACCUACGAUCAGCAUUAG